AACCGUUCUUCUUAUAGCUUUUCAAAUCCUCUCUCGAGAAAAUGUCGGGUCGUGGAAAGGGAGGAAAAGGUUUGGGAAAGGGAGGAGCCAAGCGACACAGGAAGGUUCUGAGAGACAACAUCCAAGGAAUCACCAAGCCUGCGAUUCGGAGGUUGGCUCGUAGAGGUGGAGUCAAGCGUAUCAGUGGUCUGAUCUACGAAGAGACUCGUGGUGUCCUCAAGAUCUUUUUGGAGAACGUGAUCCGUGACGCUGUUACCUACACCGAGCACGCCAGGAGGAAGACUGUCACCGCCAUGGAUGUCGUCUACGCUCUCAAGAGGCAAGGACGGACUCUCUACGGUUUCGGCGGUUAAGGCGAUUCGCGUUUGUGUGUUUCUGGGUUUGUUACUUAGGGUCGUAUUCUUCUGGGAAUUUCUAAUCAAAUCAUUGUACUCUUCAGCGUUUGCGUUUUCACUUUUGUUUUUUUUUUUCUCGGUAUGGCGUUUAGUAGUUUGCGGUAGCGUUCUCGAUUUAUGUAAUUACGCCUUUUCCUCUUGCUUUCUGGUGAAGUAUAAUCGAAUUAAGUUUCAACUA